CUUGGAAAGUGCGCAACAAAAUGAAGUGAAGCUUGAGAGCUUAAACCCAAUCCAUGAUCAUCGCCUCCCUUAAUCUCCCGUUGUGACGACGACGACGAUCAACAAAUUUGGUCUACUGCAUAGGCGCGCAGUACAAUACCUUCCACCUUCAAAUUAAUUUAUUGCAAAAAUUCCACGUUGGAGUUUAUAUAUUACCAGCGCCUCUGAGCCUCCACAUAAACAAUCUGAUAACAUCGACGAUCUCCUCCCGAAUCAGGGUAAAACAUUUAUCGCACAAGCCACCAAAACGUCAUAUCCGCUCCCGCCAAGACCCAUACCGAGGCUGCGCUCUUCUAUGAAUAUAUGAACGAAAGCCCGAAGCUGGUCUCGGACACACGAAUAACUCUCGCGCCGGCGCAAGGCGCAAGAUCUAUUCCCUCUGCAACGAGUGCGCGACUCCUACGGCCCCUCGCCAAAACGCACCUUCAUGUCCGAACAGAGCGAUGAUGCUGUGCCGCCCAGCUCUGUGCCCCUCCCGCCCUCCGCGGACAGUUCAGCGGAUCCCAACGCCACAGCGCUCAUAGCCACGCCUGCCAAUGAGGCUGACGAACAACCGCCGCUCAGUGGAUUCGAAGAUGCACGGCGGAUCGUGAGGCUGCUGCAGUGCGCGCAAUGCUCCUUGCUACUUCGCGAACCUAUGACACUGCCGUGUGGCAACUCGCUGUGCAAACAGUGUCUGCCGGAGAUACAUACGCGGCAGAACAUAACGUAUCCAGCGACCGCGGCGCGGAUGCAGGGGAUCGAUUGCCCGUUUCCUGAUUGCAUGAGGAGCCAUGCGCUGGGGGAUUGUAGCAUGGAUGUUACGCUGUCGAAAGUUGUAGCACAGGCUAAGAUCUCCAUGGACGAGUUUCGACCCGUCAUAGGCGAGGCACCGAUACUGCUCGAGGAGAAGGAUGAAUGGGCAGCUGCUGGAAUAGCGAGUCUCAGCGGCCGAUCACCGAGGAGUAGAGCUUUGCCUGGUGGCCGGCUGAUAGCAACAUAUAAGAUGGUAGAGCUGGGCGAGCUCGCCCACGACGCAGAAGUCACAUACAAACCCCUCUCCGGCGCUCUAGGAGACUCCAAAGACCUCGAUGCAACGACCCUCGAAGCAGUCAAGGAAAAGAUCCGCAGCGAGUUCGACUGCCAAAUCUGCUACGCCAUCUAUCUAGACCCCCUCACCACGACCUGCGGCCACACAUUCUGCCGCAAAUGCCUGCAGCGCGUCCUAGACCACUCCUCGUACUGCCCAAUCUGCCGCCGCCUUCUUGAUCUCUCCCACACUAUAUCCCCCACCCAAUAUCCCUCCAACGCGCGCCUCGUCUCCCUCCUUACCGGCCUGUGGCCCGCCCUCCUCACGGCCCGCCGCACCCUUCUCGCAACAGAAGAAUCCCCCACCCCCGCCGACCUCGACCUCCCCCUCUUCGUUUGCACUAUCUCCUUCCCUACCAUGCCUACCUUCCUCCACAUCUUCGAACCCCGCUACCGCCUCAUGAUGCGCCGCGUCCUCGAAUCAGACCGCCGCUUCGGCAUGCUCUUACACAACCCUGAGCAGAUCCCUCAGCCCGGUCUCGCUGCCACACCCCCUUUCUUCGAAUACGGCACCCUCCUCCACAUCGUCAGCGCACAGCUCCUCCCCGACGGCCGCAGUCUCAUCGAAGCAGUCGGUAUGUCGCUCUUCCGCGUCCUCCGCCAUGGCGUCCGAGACGGCUAUCUCGUCGGUAGCGUGGAGCGCGUUGAAGAUCUCCCUCUGGCUGACGAAGAAGCUCUCGAGAUCGCCGACACCGCUAUUGCUGUAGAUGCAGACGCAGAUGCAGAUGCAGAUGCAGAUGCAGACGCGGACGCGGACGUGGAUGCGAACCCAUUCGCCGCGCUCUCGACACAGGACCUCAUGGCUCUCUGCACAGCAUUUGUCCGCCGCAUGCGCGCAGCCUCCGCGCCGUGGAUGCACGCACGCACGCUGCGCGUGUACGGGGAAUGUCCAACGAGUCCUGCGCAGUUCCCAUGGUGGUUCGCGAGUGUGCUACCGCUACCAGAAGGGGACAAGUAUGCACUAUUACAGACGACGAGUGUGCGAGAGCGAUUGAAGAUUUGUGCGGCGUGGGUGGAACGGAUUGAAAGGAUGCCGGAGCCGAGUAGGAGUAGUAGCUGUGUGGUCAUUUGACUCGCGGUUGUGGGGAUUUUGACGGUGGUUUUGGGCGUCUGGGUUGCUCCAGAGGGGCUUGAAGCAAAGUGAUGCUCUGCCUUUGAUGUGACAACCCAUUCACCCCUUGCUAUUGCCGUCGAAUUCCCACAGCUGUGCAUCUUCGUGUAAAUAUUUGGCCCAGACUAGGCCAGUCACAUACCGUCUGUUGUUGGUUAUUGUGGGAAAGUGUGUUAAGACCUGUCAUACGUGGCAGGGUUAUUAAGUUCGUGUUUGUGUUUAUAGCAUUGGAGUUUAUGUGUGCAUACUGGCGUUGGGAUGUAUUAUAUUUCGUGGUGAGCAGGAUGGCAAGAGUUUUCCGAGACUAGUAGCUACUGGAGCUGGGAGUCAAGGUGGAAAUAGGGCGUUCAAUUUCACAUUUUAUGGGACAGAGUUUUGUAUAGGGGCUGUAUACUGUGCCUGGCGGUGGCCAGAUUGUAUAUAUAAUGUGGGCUGAUAGAUGGUUAAAGUUGAAUACCCUUCAUCUGCAUGCGUUCACUAUUGUUUUACUGUGGUUAUGGUGAAUAUUCCGAUCCAUGCGAUGUGAUUGGUUUCUGGCUACAAUAGUCACGGUGUAUUUCAGCAAACAGCAAACGGAU